AUGUCGAGUACAUCGUCCAAACCCACGCCUUCAGGCACGGGAUGGCUUGAUCCUGCUCUACUUCCGGCCUAUGGCAUUGCUCUAGUUGCUCUCAUUGCCUUCGCUCGUUAUGUGGACAAAACAUAUAUUCGCCCACCAUCUAAAACAGGCUUUGGGAAAGGAGCGCCGGGGUUUCUCACCAAUACGCGCAAGAUAAAGGUGACACCUGAGAUUGCAGAACGUCUGCGUCGAGGCGAGAGGGUCAGUCCGGAAGAGAUCGAAGAAGCUGUCAGAGCCGUGGAAGAGAAGCAUGCGAAAGCCACCUCUAGCGAGGGGACUGAUGAUUCAGGGGGGAAGCCAAAAGUUAAAUCUCCCAAUGUCUUACCCAAACGAGAAACAAGAUCACAGGCGCGUCGUGCUGCGGCAGCGUCUUCUGAACCGGAGAACGAGUGGAUCCCAGGACAUGUUAAGAAGGGUACAUUAGGACGGCGGCGUAAAAAGUGAUGCAUGGGUGGGGAGCUGUUCUGCAUUGGGUAUGUAUCGAGGCAUGGAUAUGUAUGCCUAGUUUGAGUACGUCAAUGUAACCUUGCGACGAUUCAUGACCCAUCGGAAGUUCCGGUUUCAUCAAGCCAUUUACGCACUGCCUUUUUCCCUCCUAUACCAAGCAGUGUCCAUCUUCUUUUAUCCUCCUCACUUCGUUCCCGAUAGAGUCGUAGGACCUGGUCGGCGACAGCGAGCAUGUCCUCAUGUUCCACAUCGAACAGUUCAUACCAGCCAUCUGGCAAGGGUAUUCCCUGAAUGCGUGUUGUGAUGAGUAUGCUGGCACAUGCCAGCGUAGGAAAGGGGAAU